AUCGAAUUUUGACCUCCUUCAUUCAUCUUUUAAACUGCAGCGGUGGUCAUGUCUAGAGGUCGAGGUAGAGGUAGAGGGGGUGGGCUAGGAGGAGGAGCGGGCUUCCAACUACCAGAACAUAGCACGCUGAACAGGGCGCAGUGGAUAGAGGCGUUGAGAGAGCCUACAAAAAAUGGUGGCAUGCUAUACCCACCCUUGGAUCCGGAAAGAGAAGUGGCUCAGCUCCGGCACCCGAAGGAUAGAGAAGAGAGAUUGGUGGAGACGACACAGGAGAUGUACCUUACGCUCGCGAAUGGGAUCAUGCUCGAGAACGGGACGAGAGCAGGCGCACCUUGGCGAGUGAAGAGUGAAAGGAAAUCUGUCGGCAUAGGUGAGUUUCAGGCUCGAGCGCUUAGUCUGAGUGGUGUCUCAGAGAUCGAGACGUUCUCGGGGAGGAUACGGGACCAGCAGAGUCAGGCGGAAUCGUCGAUAGCAGGGAACAGAUUUGAUCCUCAGAAGCUUUAUCUCAACAAGGCUUACUUCCCACCGUCACUGUGGACCGAUGCGUUUGAGAGUGAUGGGCUUGCGCCCGGGAAGCGUCGAGCGGCAAACAAGGAUGGGGUGAAGAAGAAGAAACGGAUAGACAGUGAUGGUGAGGAAGAAGAAAAGAUGGAACAGGAGGUAAGGUAUCGAACCAUGUACAGUGAACUCAAACUGCAGGAAGGAUCGCCGGCACCUUCGAGCCAGGACGACGAAUUCGACUUUGAGGAUGAGAGUGAUCACCAGGACUAUGAUGCAAAUUACUUUGAUAACGGUGAAGGGGAUGACGAUUCUGGCGGAGAAGAAGAAGAAGGCGGCGGAGGCUUUGACGAUUGACAUGCAUAACGUUGACGACCCC